UGCAGCUGGAAGCAGCAGUCUUCGAAGAAAACUAAAACAUGCAAAGUAACUUGUCAAUAAUAGAGUUUCAGCUAAAAAGUGAAAAGUAACAAAAUGCCAAUCGAACAUGAAUUCAACUAAUUAGUAGCAUCAAUCGCUUUCAAGGUAUGUGGUGCAAACUUCAUUUUUCAUGGUGGCGCUGUGGGUCAUCGGCUCUGUGGUUUGGUUGGCUGUUUACUUAGUGUUUCAGACAUUAGAUAGUUUCGUCCAAGGCAGAUGGUCCUUGUGGUUGAGAACACACUCUAUUCAAGUAACAAAAGGUUGCGUUAUAUGGAGCUUGAAGUUAGCUGUUCCCACUUUGAAGACUUGGUGUAAAAUACAUAGACGGGUUUUGCGCCUUUUCUUUCAGUUGGGAAGUAUAGUUGGUGUCAUGGCUUGUUGUAUUCUUAUGUUGGGACUUGUUAUAACUGGAAUAACUAUGUAUUUGAUUUUUGUUUCUUGUGUAGUAACGCAAAGUAUCUUUUGGAGAUUGGACCCUUGGCAACUAGCCAAUAAGUUUCCUUUGAUUUCAUCUUUUAAAAAAUUGCUGAUGGAAGUAACAAACGCUUUACUAUUCCACUUGAUGAAAUGGUUAAAAUUAGACCCUGAAUUGCCCCUAACAGUUUCUUGGCUGUUAUGUUGGGUUGGGUUAUUGGUGAUACUUCCUUUUCACGAACUAGGCCACGCAAUAACUGCUUAUGUGGAAGGUAUUGGAGUAGAAAAAGUUGGGCUCUUUUUAGCUUUCUAUAUUCCUGGAAUGUUCGUGACCAUUGAAGAGAGUUUACUUGAUCUCAACACAAAGAGUCGACUGCGCAUAGUUUGUGCUGGAUUUUGGUUUAACUUGUUGCUAUGUCUACUUUCUUUGGUUGUUGUAUUUCUGCUUCCGUUACUUGUUGCACCUUUCUUCAGGCAACAGAUGACUGUUUCGGGGUUCAUUUCAACGGGACAAGAAAGUAGUCGCUUGUUAAACUGCUUUUCUAUCGGAGAUGGAUUGGUGAGCGUAAACAAUAGAGAAAUAAGAAAGUUGGACGAUAUCAAGGAAGUAAUACGGGAACUUACAUCUGAGACUUUUGUGGGUAUCUGUUUGAACAAGAACAACAUUACAAGCAGUAAGUGGUUUCGUCCAUUUCAUAUGUGUUGUCCGGGUCUCUCCAGUGACAGUUGGCAAGUUGAAGAAUCUGUUUGGAAGUGUUUUGUUCAGUCUUCUUUUUUUAAUACUGGUUAUCCAAAUGCCGUUUGUAUUUCAGAGGAAUGGUUAGAAACCCAAGAAGUUGCUUUAGGAUUCUGUGAAGACAAACUAGUGGAUGAUCAAUAUUUUGUUCCUUAUACUGGAACCGGUGGCCGAUUAGUUUCUUUGAAGAGAUGGAUUCCUAGUGAACAAAACUACCAUCAAACUGUACUGGUGACCAGUCCUGAUGCGUUGCUGCAUUCUGUAAAGUGGACGGAAUAUGUGCCACGUAUAAGUCCUUGGUGGUUGUAUAAAUUCCUAAUUGUAUGGAAUCCCAUCGGUAAAUUUGAACAGUUCUUUCGAAUUUUGUUCAUACUGUCAGCCUUCAUUGGAAUAUCUAAUAUGGCUCCUGUAUGGAGAAUGGAUGGAGAAGAUGUCUUUUCUUGGCUGCUUACUUACUUUCCAUUGCCGAUGACCCAUCUCGAAUACUUGCAAAAGAGGAAACGAUGGCUUGGAUAUUUUAGUUUCCUUUUCAUUUUAAGUUUUGUGUUAUUUUUCAUACUAAUGGAUUUGAAUAACUGACUAGCAUCCCUUUAAGAAUGGACCUAG